UAAUUUUUAAGUAAUUUUUUAAGUAAUUUUACUAUGUUUCUAGAAAUGUAGAAAUAGAAUAGUCGAUAGGGUCUAAAUAUUAAAAAUAUAGCAAAUUUUUUAAUAAUAUAUUUUAGUUUGUGACAACUAGCAUACACUGAGAUAUAUUUACACGGUGGAUAUCAAUAAUACAUUUCAUCAAGUCUGAAUUUUUGUAUUUAGAUAUAAUAAGCAAAAUCCAGGUAGCACACACACGUUUUAGAAAUGUUUUAUAAACGUUUUAGAACUACCUUCUGUAUAAAAAGUACCGGGAAAUUGUCAUUUAAAUGAACCGCGGAAGAGGUAGCGGUAAAAAGUUUUUUUUUUUUAGAUUGGCACUACCUUCCUUCAUUACCAACCGGAGCUUGAGCUCGAUCAGUCAACUAGUUUGUUUAUGGCAGCUGUUCAAACAAGUCUACCUCAGUGUUGCUCUGCGAAUUUUACCAUGGAAAAAAUAGUCGAACAAAGAGUGUGCCUCAAAUUUUGUGUUGCAAACGAAAUUUCGUGUGCCGACGCACUGAAAAUGUUGAAAAAAGCCUAUGGUGACUCAACCAUGUCGAAAACUCGGGCGUACGAGUGGUUUAGUGCGUUCAAAGAGGGGCGUGAAGUGCUCGAAGAUUUGCCUCGCUCCGGCCGGCCAUCCACGUCUACCACCGACGAUAACAUUGGAAAAAUAAAACAUUUAGUGCUGCAAAAUCGUCGUUUCAGUGUGAGAGAGCUGGCCCGUGAAGUGAACAUUGAUAAAAUGACCGUUCAUGGCAUUAUAACCAAUAUUUUGGGCAUGAAACGUGUCGCCGCUCGACUGGUCCCGAAAGACCUGAAUUUGUUUCAAAAACAUUAUCGUAAACAGGUGGCCGAAGAUAUGAUUUCGCGUGGCCCAGACUUCUUGAAUCCGUUGUUGAUUGAAGUGAAAUUGUGGUCGAUACCGAUGCUAUUUCGUGGAGUUUUACGUAUGCUUUCGUCGUUGAAACUGAUCGAGAGAUGCUGA